ACUCGCACGUAGCAUCUUACUGUCAAAGAUGGACUCAGAAUGCAAAUCGCAGCUGCAUGAGAGAGUUCCUGUCAUCGAUUUCGAAGGGUUUGAUGGACCGAAUCGUGAGAAAAUUCGUCGAGAGAUCGCGGGGGCGUGCGAAUCAUGGGGAUUUUUUCAGCUUUGUAACCAUGGACUCCAUCAGGAUUUGAUGAGGAGAGUGAAAGAUGUGUCGAAGGAAUUCUUCUACUUGCCCGAAGAAGAGAAGAUGAAGGUCAAAGUGAAGCCAGGUGUUAUUCAAGGAUGGAGUCACCCGAGUCUGGCUGCCUCUGCGAGCAAACUUACCGCAAAUUCAACGGAGUAUUAUCACAACCUAUUCAAACCUCUUAGAGAGGAUGUAGUGCCUCUCAAUCCACCCACCUUCGGAAUCACAUGGAUCGAAUACGCCGAGCAAAUUCAAGCACUCGCGGAGAACGUGUUGGCUCUGAUUUCAGAAUCGUUGAAUGUCCCAUCUGAUACCCUGACGAAGCGCAUGAGAGGACCAACCGACAGUCCAUACUUGGCCAAUAAAGUGAACUACUAUCCACCUAGAAAAGAUACUGUCGAUCCACUAGGAGUUCCCUCUCAUUCAGACCCUACUGCUAUCACGUUUCUGCUAGCCGACGACGAAGCGGGGCUGGAGGUUAAGAAGGACGAUAAGUGGAUGCCAAUAAACCCCAUCGAAAACGCGUUCAUCGUCAACGUGGGUGACCAGCUAGAGAUUCUCUCCAAUGGCAGGUUUCCAAGCGUAGAUCACCGAGGACUGCCUUCGAAGAACCCGGAGCACGAACGGCUGUCACUAGCAAUAUUCUACAGUGCAAAUAUGAAGUGUGUGGUUGGGCCUCUUGAAGAGCUGUUGGAUGAGAGUCAUCCUCCUCUUUACUCCGCUUGCACUUUUGAAGAAUACAUGGCCAAAUUCGCAGCUCGAGGCCUUGACGGGAAAACCGGGAUCGCGUCCAGGCAGAUUAAGCAAGAGUAGCUGCGCAGGUGCCUCGUUUGCAUGUCCAUGUUCAGCAGCCUUGGACAUCUAUACAUGAACAAAUGUGCCGGUUAAAUUUCUGGCAUCUAAACUUCAAAUUAUAUUUUUCAGUAAAAUCUUGUCUGAUCUCAUCAGGUAUAUCAGAAUCAAAGUCGUU